GUACAACACAUAGCGAAAACGUAAGUCACAUGCAAAUGAUUACUCUCUGCAAAUACAACUAAACUGUAUAGGUUCUUCACACGUAAUACGAAGCAAUUAUACCAAGAGGACUUACCUGUCUGAGUGGUCAUCAGUCUCUCCAUUGGUGGCUGAAGUCUGCAGAUCAUUGGUACGACUGUACGCCUGUCAGCAAGGUUUGAACUGAAACAACAAACAGAAUACGGAAAAAGAUAAACCUUCGCUGUCGUUACUGUGAGGGUUGUAAACUUUCUUUCGACCGAAAUACACAAGACUACAAGGAGUGGAUAGCAACGACGGCUUCGGUUCAGUAGCUCUACAGGCCAUCCCUUGUUUAUUUCAACGGAAAGUGCAUCGCGAGGAACACACAGUGUCACCACAAGAUCAGAUGUGAUGAAACUAUGCAAACGACAAGAUUUACAAGCGCAUAAAAUCGUGGGGAAUAUCCCAUAAAACUUUUUUACAGCGAGGAACGAAGUCUGUAGCGCAUGUACGAAGUUCAUCCACAGUCACCCAGCUGUAUCGACACAUUCCUUGUGUCAAGCAGAAAAUGUACAUGGAGUCAAAAUCUCAGAGAGUCUGACGAGUUAAGCAUUCCAAGAUGUCUGGUUUACUGUCAACCGAACUGAUGUUUGGUUUUAUUGUCUUUCUCCUGAACAUUGGGCCGAACCUUUUCGUCUUGUCGUCACUCACAAGACCCGAAACGGUAGAACUCAUAGAUAACGGAUACGCGGGCGUCGUGGUUUCUAUUCACGAAGACGUGCCUGAGAACAUGGACUUGGUUUCGACUCUCGAGUCAAUGUUUUCUGACGCUUCUCAGUACCUCUACCAAGCAACGAAGCAUAGAGCCUUCUUCAGAAAUGUAACUAUCGUGGUACCGCGGUCUUGGGCGCCGCAUCCCGACUAUGGCCCCAGCAGAAGCCAUCAUCAUGACGUCAUCGUCACGCCAACCAAUCAGCACUGGGCACCGGAUUUUAACACCAAUCAGUACCAAGGCUGCGGGGAAGGAGGGGUCAGUGUCCGGGUGGGAGUGAACUUCCUUCUGGAUCCGUUCGUAGAGAGGCACUAUGGUCCAGUAGGUCGUUUAUUUGUUCACGAGUGGGGCCACUAUCGCUUGGGCCUGUUUGAGGAGUACCCAGACCCAGCCACUGAACCCGAUGUUGAGGAUGACUACUACCAUUCAAGUGUUACCGGGAGGUUUCAAGGCAUCAGCUGUUCGUCCAGCUUUGCUCACAAGGCCCUAAGGUUCGACUCCCGCAGCAACAGGUACUGGGAAUGCGCGGGAAAUGACACCGUUGGAUACGAGGAGGGCUGUGCGCAUGUCACGAUCGAUGACGACAACGUGACGCAAUCGACAGGCUCCAUCAUGUACGGAAGACAAUUCUAUGACAAGGUUGUGAAUUUCUGUGCUUCGGACGGCACUGACCGGCCGGGCAGCCUCCAUGACAAAGAAGCCCCCACGAGACAUAACCGACUGUGCGGUGCACGGAGCUGUUGGGAUGUCAUGAAGCAACAUACAGACUUCCAAGGUAACGCAAACCCACCACGUGAUGUAGACGAUACCGAAAUACAACCAAGGUUCAACCUCGUACAGGCCCGGGGUAAGAGGGUGGUGCUACUGAUUGACACGUCAAGUAGCAUGCAGUACGACAAUCGUUUCCAAACACUGCACAGCGCAGCCGCCCAUUUCAUCCAAUCAGUGGCCGACAUUGGAAGUCACGUGGGGAUCGUGCAGUACAACGAAGUUGCGCAUGUCUGCAGCUGGCUUGUUCGGAUACGUUCUGAGAGCGACAGGCAAGCUCUGCUAGACUCUUUACCAGUCGUCUCGGGCAACUUUACCUCUCGUUACAGCCAAGGACUGCUGACGUCAUUACAGGUGCUAUCUUCGGAUGGGACGGAGUCUGCGGCCGGGGGGAUUGUUAUUAUGUUUGCAGACGGCUCAGACUCUGAUCAAGCUGCCACCGACAAUGUCGUGUCGAUGCUUGUCGACAACGCGGUGGUUGUCGACACGGUCGCUGCAACCGAUCCGAACCCCAAGACGCUGCCAGAUAUCGCCGCAAAGACAGGAGGCAGAUCUUUUCACUAUCAGGCCAACAGGGAUGGUCUGGCAUCAGUCUUGUACCACGCGUUCGCUGGCCUCAUGGUUAGGAGCCAGGCGGAAAGCGACCAAAACAGGAGAAUCAUGAUUUCAAGCCACACCGUAAGCCUUGGAGGGGGACAGGAGCAAACAUGGAAUUUCAGCCUUGACGAGUCAGUGGGACGUGAAACAGAACUUAUGUUUACCUGGACAGAACGGGAUUCACUUGAGACAGAUAUUGUUCUGAUAUCUCCCAGCGGCGCAGCCUUUAACAGCACCUAUCCUGGAUACCAGAACAUGUCGGAUUUCAAGUAUCUUACCUUCUCUAUCCAGGGUACAGCUGAGACAGGACAAUGGGAGGUGCACAUGCGCAACCUGCUUCCGUCAGACGCCGUGUCGGUCAUGUGCAUCGUGACGUCGCACGCAAGAAGCGAUGACGUGGAACCAAUCCUCAUCACCCCCAUGCUGAGCAGCUACACCAUCGACGUGGCCUCGGGGGAACGCCUCUGUAUCUACGUAGAGGUUUGUCAGGGGUUGCGGCCCGUAGUAGGGGCCCGUGUCAUUGCUACCAUCUACCCACCUGGUGGGCACCCUGAUAGAACUGUGGAACUAUUGGAUAACGGGGCAGGAGCUGACGUUCGUAGAGGCGACGGCGUGUACUCGCGCUACUACGUGAACCAGCCCAACCGGAAAGGGUUCAACACCGUGCAAGUCACUGUAACCAGCAGUCCCAACACGACCUCCCUCAACAGCAGCUCACAGCCAAGAAAUGUACCGAAUAUCAGCCCUGAUGACUACGCAGCAUUUCCUCGAAUUGGGAACUUCACGAUCUUCGCCCCUGGCACUCAGCCAAGGCAGCUUCACGGUACCAGAGUCACGGACCUGUCCCGGCAUGCAUCUGGCUUCACGGCUUACUUCACAAACUUUCCCGCCUCCCCGGCUGACCUCAUACCGCCCUCUCGCAUCCAUGACCUCCGCGUGGUCGCGACUCAGCGGCAAGACCAAUGGGCGACCGUUACGCUUUCGUGGACAGCAACUGGGGAAGACGCGGACAGUGGAACUGCGUCCAGAUAUGACAUCAGAUACUCCGACAAUGUUUCAGCGAUCGCCGACAACUUUGACCAGGCCAUAUCGGUGUCUGAGUCCGAUGUUCUAGAUGGAAAUCUGACCAAACCUCUACAUGCAAUGAACACAGAACGUUUCACCAUACGAGUUCCCCUCAAACAGGCCUCUGUGACGUCAUCAAUGACCUUUGCCCUCAAGGCGGCCGACAGUGGCGGUCAGUUCGGAGAAUUGUCCAACGUGGCCCGUGCAACGUUCCGAAUGUUCGUGCCCGAGCCUGCGUCUCCGAGCUCAUCAACGAUAUCACCAUUUUCAACUUUUGAGCCUUUACAUACCACCGUCGAAUACCAAACCGAGCGGCAGACAUCAACAGUAACAGUGAUCACCCACAGAUCUGCAACAGCAGGGAAAGGCAUAUCAACGCUUGGUGGUGCUGUAACAGCAACUACAACGCUUGGUGGCGCUGUAACAGCAACUACAACGCUUGGUGGCGCUGUAACAGCAACUACAACGCUUGGUGGCGCUGUAACAGCAACCACAAACCUUGGUGGCGCUGUAACAGCAGCUACAAAGUUUGGUGGCGCUGUAACCACAACUUCAACCUCGUUUUCCACAGACAAUUAUUCCGAGGACUCAUCUGCGACAAUCAGCACUGACCCGGUACCUCGUUCCCCCGCAGGUCGAACACUUUACGGGGCCGAGAUUGCCGCGAUAGCAGUUGGCGCGCUGAUGCUGUCUAGCGCCCUCGUCGUCGGCAUAGGCUACGUGACAAUGAAACUGUUUCUGAAAAACCGUUUCGGUGUCACUCGAGUGUCAAACGGGACAAGUAAUAUAGACGAACUACCGCGUAAGGAACUUCCCUUAGAGGAGGGUCCGCUGUUUGAUCGCAUGAUUUCUACCUCGUCCGCAUAUAGUAAAACAAGUGUUGUUUGA